UGAACAUUAAACGUAAAAUAUAAUGUAGUUUAUAUCUAGUAAAUAUUAAAUUCUAAUAAAGAUAAUAUUUGUUUACUAUAGUGCAGUGAUAAGUAAACUAUUUUAUGUCAAGUGCAAAACAAUAUGAAGUGAUAAUCAAAGAUGUUUAAUAUUCAAUAAAAUAAUUAGUAAUUUAAUAAACAAAUCAUGGCAUCCAGUUUAAAUAACGCAUCUAUUGAUGUAUCAGGUUUCAAUGACACUGGAAAUAACUUCUUUGUGACAUUUUAUGAUGUAGAUAAAAACGCCUAUAUAAAUGAUACGGGAAAUUAUACUGAGGAAUACCAACCUUUUGUAUUACCAGUUGGGCGGCAGGUGCUAUGGUCAAUUCUGUUCUGCAUCAUUGUGGUCGCGGCAACAUUCGGCAACUUUGUCGUCAUCUGGAUAGUGGCUGUUAAUAAAAGAAUGAGAACUGUUACUAAUUAUUUACUGGUGAAUCUUUCUUUAGCCGAUGCAAUGAUAUCAACAUUAAAUGUUACAAUAAACUUCGUGUAUAUGCUGUAUAGUCACUGGCCGUUCGGAUACUUUUAUUGCAAAUUCAAUCAAUUCAUUGCGGUCGUCAGCAUUUCUGCGUCUGUUUUUACACUAAUGGCAAUAAGUAUAGACCGGUAUAUGGCAAUAGUUAACCCCUUAAGACCUAGACUCGGCAAAAGAGCCACACUCGGCAUUAUGACAGCAAUAUGGCUCGGCAGCGCCCUCCUCGGCAGCCCUAAUCUUGUCUAUUUCAAAACGGACUUUGACUAUUUACCUGAUGGCAGUGUGAGGGAAGUAUGUUACUCUGAAUGGCCAGACGGAUUAACAACAAGAUCUGAAAUCGAAUAUAUUUACAAUGUAAUAUUUAUGAUGGUGACGUACUUCAUACCAAUAAUAGCGAUGACCUACACGUACGCUAGGAUAGGAAGAGAGUUGUGGGGCUCCAAGUCUAUCGGUGAGAGCUCUCAACGCCAAGCAGAUAAUGUGAAAAGUAAAAGACGUGUGGUGAAGAUGAUGAUUGUCAUCGUAGUAAUAUUUGCGGUGUGCUGGCUGCCGUUUCACGUUUACUUCAUCAUCACCUCGAAUUAUCCUGAAGUGACGAAUUACCCUCCUAUACAAGAGAUAUAUCUCGCCAUUUACUGGCUGGCAAUGAGUAAUUCAAUGUUGAAUCCAAUUAUACUAUACUGGAUGAAUAUUAAAUUUAGAAGAGGCUUUAGGCAAUUCAUAAGAUGUUGUUGUGCAUUUGGAGACAAGGACGCGCGCAGACAGGGCAUGUACGAAUUGCAACAUUUAGACAGAUCGCUUCACUCAUAUUCGCCUACGCAGAAAAAUGGAACAAGUACAGUUUCAGUGUCGAUACAGAGCUUUAAUAACCCAAUGGAGAAUGACAUUACAACCAAAGUAUGAUGGGAGAUAUUUAAAAAUAAUAUUAUAUUCUUUAAGAAUAUUGUA